AUGCAGCCCAUCUCGACCAUCCUAUCCUGCAUCCAAGCCGCCUCCCCUGCAUGCCCCUCGCUAUCCAAACACGCCUUCAUGGCGACCUCCCUCCACAAAAUCCUCACUACACUCAACAUCCCCUCCACCAUAACCCUCAUCACCACCCUAAUCCUAAACCCAGCCUUUAUCACCCCCUGGACAACGUACCGCGACUCCUACCUCCUCCACCCACGCUUCAAACGCGAGGGCCUCGAGAAAGGCGGCGAGGAUAUGGAUGUAUUUUUCGAGCACGUGGUCCGCGAAUUGAACGGCCGCACGCUCAAGACGUAUCGAUUGAGUAGGUACGCUGGUGGUGGGAGGAGCUGGAAUGUCCGGUUGUUCGCAUCGCUAGUGCAUAAUCUUACUGUGUCUGGGGCUGGAGGGUUCUUUGGGGCGGAGAAUGAGUCUGGGAGAGUAUGGGACUGGACGGAAGAGGAGGAUCGAGAAAGGUUGAGAGAGAUUUGUAGGAUGCUGUUUCGAGUUGUUAAACAUUUGCGUGGGGAGUAUGCGCAUGGUCAUGGAUUGCUGUUGGCGGAGAUUGAGGAGAGGGGGCCGUGUGUUUGGUUAAGUGGGGAUGGGGAAAGGGGCCUUAGGGAGGAGUCGUGUGUGUCGGGGAGGUCUGCGGAAUCGGAUUAUUCAGAGUUUAAGGUUGAAGAUGAAGAUGAGGAUGAAGUAGAUGAGGGUGUUGACCUUCUGGAUUUUGAAGAGCAAGAUUUGGACCUACGAGUUGAUGAGGACGAUAUGAAGACCGUGGAUGAUGAAGAUGGAGAGGUUGAUAAAGAGGUUGAUGAAGAUCCAAAUCGGUCUUUCAAACCUCUCUACGCGCGCAAAUUUAAGAAAGAGUGGAACGAUCGGGACUCCAAUGAACCUGACGGCGAGAAUCGACCGGAAACUAUUUUCUUCCAUGGAGAUCGAUAUGGAUAUCCACAGCAAAUUGCACAGCUGAACCGUAGUCAGAGACAGAACGGCCCAAAGGUAAAUCCAACGAUAGCCAACGCAUUCAGUCACCUUGCAAACGAUGCCGUUGCUGCACGUCGUAGUGGGGAUACUACAGCUGCUAUGAAAAUGUUUGGUCUUACUCCUAUUAGGGCCAGAAGCGGGCCUGUGGUUGUGGAAGGGGAAGGUGUCGCGUUUGCAAGCUCCAUACAGGAAGGGGAAGCCUUAGAGAAAACGGCAUUCCGGUCUUUAUUUCCACUACGAUAUGACGAUGAUGUUAGAUUCCUGGAUGAUGACUAUGCUGAGACGGAACCCAUCGAGAAUACGCAGAUAUCUGCCGGUGCGACCACGCAAAACUCGCCAUCACAAUCUCUCUCCCGAUAUGCAUCUGAAGAUGGCCGCUUUGGAUCCCAAGGCUCUGUAUAUGGAGACAUAGAGCCCGAUGCCGAUACGCAGAUCUCUGCUGACACACAUGAGUAUGUCGUAGAUAUCCAGACACUCAACAACUCCCCUACCUAUCUCAACCCAGUGGCUGGCACAGACUCAGAUCGGCCUUCAAGAAUCUCACAAACUCCUCCUAUUCGAGACGCAUCUCCCCUCAUCUUUGACGAAAACAUCACGAUACUCGGCCAACCCCCAACUACAACAAUAUUCAAAUGCCCGAAAUCCCAACGAUCCACCACUCUCGAUAUUGCAGCCCUGAGGUCAUCAAUCCAAAUAGCCAUGUCAUCGUCUAGAUCACCUCCUUCCCAGGCCGAGAAAAGCCUCUGGCCAGAGCAAAUUAGCCGCGUCAAUAAACCCCGCGAUAAUUCUUCACAGCUCAUCCGAAGCCAUACCCAACCUUUCGAAGACACUUCCUCAGAUGAAGAAGUAAUCUUCCUGCACGCCUUCACCCAUCGAAUAUCAGGCCAACCCGCACCCCCAACCUUAAUCAAACAAGAACCGCUCGAUUUCGAUUCCGACCACACUCCCUCACCUCUAUCACUUGAAACGACAAUCACUAACACUCCCCCAGGCCCUCUUACUCCCACUCCACAGCCUACGUGCCCGAAGAAUUUUCCAGCACCCUCGUCAACUCUGCAGAGUGAGCUAAAAAUGGCAGCUCACAGCGCGCGAGGGCCGUUCACGCGGUUGUCGGGUGAGAAUCCGAUUGUAGACAGAUCUAAGGGUGAGGAAUCGAGUGAGGAAGAUGAUUAUACGGAUUUGGAAUUUUCCGUGAACAGGGACGUACAAUCUGAGCAUGUUGAACCAGGUAUGGAGAGAGUGGAUCACGAUUUGCGAGCCGUGACAUCCACGCAGUUAAUUGAUGCUGCUUCUUCUUCGACAGCUAUGCAGCGUAGGAAAUUGCUUCUUGAUGCCGGCGCUUGUGGAGCUGCAGGUAAUCCAGCAACCUACACCCCCAUAAUCGCCACCUCCUCCCCAUCCAAGAAAAGCAAAGUAAUCCACGAGCUCCACGACUCAGAUCCAGAAGAACCCGACAUAGCAGCCCAGCUGAUCAAGAUGUUUCCGCCACCACCAGGAGGUAAGACGAAGUGCUCAGCUACACAAGAAGAACGAGUUAAAGAGGUGUCAGAUGAAUGGAAGAAGAUGCAGUUAGCGCAGGAUUCGGAAGGAGUGGAUUUGGGGAGUGGAUUUGAGGAUGGUGUUGGGUGUGUGCUUUGCUUUUUGGUGAUGUAUACUGGGGUUAGUGUAGUUCUUCGUAGCGGAAGCUAUAUCUUCGAUGCGAGUGUAAACUAUGCUAUGUUUACUUUCAGACUUCUGAGAAGUAGUGAUCGUUUGUUGGCCCUUUUGUGGGCCAAAGAGAUUAAGUUAACUGUGAAGGGAUCUUGA